AUGGAUGAUAAACAGAAUAUAGAACAGUUCAAAGGCCAACCAAGGCUACCGAAAUUUGCUAUCCCAAAACGUUAUGAUCUUCAUCUCAAACUUGACCUCUCUGACUGCACAUUUUCUGGUUUAGUUCAUGUCAAUCUUAGCAUCGUGGAAUCAACUAAAUUUAUUGUCCUAAAUGCUUGUGAACUUGUUGUCAAUCUAGUCUGUUUCACCAACUCUCUCAACCAUAGAUUUUCUCCAUGUGAUGUGGCUUUGGAUGGCGAUGAUGAGAUACUUGUGUUGGUAUUUGAUGAAGUGCUUGGAACUGGUGAAGGAGUAUUAAAGAUUGAGUUUUCUGGGGCUCUUAAUGAGCACCUGAAGGGCCUUUACAAAUGUACUUAUGUGGAUAAAGGAGUAAGAAAGAAUAUGGCAGUCACCCAGUUCGAAGCCGUGCAUGCAAGGCGUUGUUUUCCAUGCUGGGAUGAACCUGCUCUUAAGGCAACUUUUAAGAUCACAUUGGAUUUGCCAUCAGAGUUGAUUGCCUUGUCAAAUAUGCCAAUCAAUGAUGAAACGAUCAAUGGGAAUGUUAAGACCGUUUGUUUUGAGGAGUCUCCAAUCAUGUCAAGUUAUUUGGUUGCUGUUGCUGUUGGUUUAUUUGAUCAUAUUGAAGAAACAACUGCUGAUGGAAUUAAGGUUGGAGUAUAUUGCCCUGUUGGUAAGAGUGAUGAAGGGAAGUUUGCACUAGAAGUUGCAGUUAAGUCCCUUGAUAUAUUUACUAGGUACUUCUCAAUGCCUUAUCCACUCCCUAAACUAGAUAUGGUUGCUGUCCCUGAAUUUUCCGGUGGAGCUAUGGAGAAUUAUGGUUUGAUCAUAUUUCGUGAAAAUGAGAUGCUUCACAAUGAUUUACGCUCUACAGCUGCUAAAAAGCAGAUUCUUACAAUAGUUGUAGCACAUGAAGUUGCCCACCAAUGGUUUGGCAAUCUUGUAACAAUGGAAUGGUGGACUCAUUUGUGGCUUAAUGAAGGUUUUGCAACAUGGAUUAGUUACAUGGCUACUGAUAUCAUGUUUCCUGAGUGGAAAAUAUGGACUCAAUUUCUCCAACAAACUAAUGGUGGCUUGCGUCUGGAUUCACAGGAGCAAUCACAUCCAAUUGAGGUGGAGAUUCAGCAUGCUCAUUCAGUUGAUGAAAUAUUUGAUGCUAUCAGCUAUAAAAAGGGAUCUGCUGUCAUCAGGAUGCUACAGGGAUAUCUUGGGGAUGAGAUAUUCCAGAAAUCCUUAAACUUAUACAUGAAAAGGCAUGCUUGGAACAAUGCAAGGACAGAAGAUUUAUGGAGUGUCCUUUCAGAGGUAUCUGGCAUUCAAGUAAACUCAAUGAUGGACAGUUGGACAAAGCAGAAGGGAUACCCAGUUAUCUCAGUGAAAUCCAAAGACUGCAUUUUGGAAUUUGAGCAGUCACAGUUCUUGUCGUCUGGUUUCCAUGGUGAUGGGCAUUGGAUCGUCCCAAUAACCUUGUGCCUUGGUUCAUAUGACAGAAGCAAGAGUUUUCUUUUGGAAUCGAAAAUUGAAAAUUUAGAUACCUCUGAAUUAUUUCCUUCUUCAGAUGGAAAGAAUGAAGAUGAAUAUGGUGAAGCAUCAUGGAUCAAGGUUAAUGUUGAGCAAAGUGGUUUCUAUAGGGUAAAAUAUGAAGAUAAGCUUGGUGCUCGACUGAGGAAAGCGAUAGAGAAAGACCGCUUGUCAGCAGCAGAUAAAUAUGGCAUCUUAGAUGACACAUACGCUCUCUGUGUGGCUUGUGAACAAUCUUUAUCAUCAUUGCUUUCAUUGAUGGAUGCAUACAGAAAAGAGAUUGAUUACAUUGUAUUAUCAAAAUUGAUUGAUGUUUGCUAUAAUGUUCUGGAGGUCUUGAGAGAUGCCAUCCCAGAUCUAAUAAAUGCAUUGAAAGAAUUUUUGAUCAAUGUCCUCCUAUAUUCUGCUGAAAAAUUAGGUUGGGAAUCAGCGCCUGGGGAGAGCCAUUUAAAUGCUCUGAUGAGGGGAGAGGUCUUAAUGGCCUUGGCUGUUUUUAACCAUGGUAAAACCCAUGAAGUAGCAAUGCAGCGAUUUCAAGCACUAUUGGAUGAUAGGAGCACCCAACUCCUUUCAGCAGACACAAAAAGGGCUGCCUACAUUGCUGUUAUGAGGAAUGCUAACACAAGUAGGAAUGGUUUUGAGUCCCUCUUGAAGGUUUAUAGAGAAGCUGAUGCAGUUCAAGAGAAAGAACGUGUUUUACGUGCGAUAGCGUCUACUCCAGACCCAGAUAUUCUUGUAGAGGUUCUGAACUUUUUGAUAUCUGAAGAGGUUCGAGAUCAAGAUAUUAUUUAUGGACUUGCUGGAAUAAGCUUGGAAGGGCAUGAAAUAUCAUGGAGGUGGUUGAAGGAGAACUGGAACGUUAUCAUAAACAAGUAUGGUGCAGGGCUUCUUCUAACUCAUUUUAUCAGGAACGUUAUAACACCAUUUUGCAGCAAUGAGAAAGCUGAUGAGAUAGAAGAAUUUUUUGCUAGCCACAUAAGACCUUCAUUCGCGAUGAAUUUGAAGCAAAGCAUUGAGCAGGUCCGGAUCAAAGCAAGGUGGGUUGAAAGCAUAAUGCAAGAGCAGCAAUCACUUCAAGGCCUACUCGAGCAAUUAGCUCAUAAGGGAUGAUCACUUUAAUCUGAAUGUCAUAUAAGUAUCAUUGUAACUUCAUAAGAUUUACAUUUUAAAACUGUUGUUAUUGUAAGCAAAAUCAUUAAUAAUACAUCAAAACCUACCUCCAAUUAAUCUA